AAUAAAGAAAAGGGAAGCUAACCAAUACAAAAGAGGGCAUACUUUUUUCGGUUCUUACAGCGCGAGAGGCAAAGGAGAUCCAUCACUGAACCAGCAUCAGCAACGUCAAUGGCUAGACAAGCCUCACGACUCCUCCGAUCUUUGUCAUCCCAGUUUUCUCAUCGCAAAUCCCCACUCAGUCCCCUCCAUUCACGGUCGUUCUCGGCGGCUCCGGCGCCUCAACCGGCGGUUUUCGUAGACAAGAACACCCGCGUUAUUUGCCAAGGCAUAACCGGAAAGAAUGGCACUUUCCACACCGAGCAAGCCAUCGAAUAUGGCACUAAGAUGGUUGGUGGAGUUACACCGAAGAAGGGCGGCACAGAGCACUUAGGACUUCCUGUUUUCAACUCAGUAGCUGAAGCAAAUGCUGAAACCAAGGCCAAUGCUUCUGUCAUAUAUGUUCCUCCCCCUUUUGCUGCGGCGGCUAUCAUGGAGGCUAUGGAAGCUGAGCUGGACCUUGUUGUUUGUAUCACAGAAGGAAUUCCUCAACAUGACAUGGUCCGUGUGAAGGUUGCCCUUAAUCAGCAAUCAAAAACCAGGCUGAUUGGUCCAAACUGCCCUGGCAUCAUUAAACCUGGGGAAUGCAAGAUUGGAAUUAUGCCUGGAUAUAUUCACAAACCAGGUCGCAUAGGAAUUGUUUCUCGAUCCGGCACUUUAACAUAUGAAGCAGUUUUUCAAACAACUGCAGUUGGUUUGGGGCAAUCAACCUGCGUAGGAAUUGGUGGAGAUCCUUUUAAUGGGACCAACUUUGUUGAUUGUGUGACCAAAUUCCUUGCUGAUCCUCAGACAGAAGGUAUUAUUCUAAUUGGUGAGAUAGGAGGCACAGCAGAAGAAGAUGCUGCUGCACUAAUAAAGGAAAGUGGGACUGAAAAGCCCAUUGUUGCCUUCAUUGCUGGACUUACUGCUCCUCCAGGACGGCGUAUGGGUCAUGCAGGAGCUAUAGUAUCAGGGGGCAAGGGUACUGCACAGGACAAAAUCAAGACUCUAAGGGAAGCUGGAGUGACAGUUGUUGAAUCUCCUGCAAAGAUUGGUGUAGCAAUGCAUGAUGUUUUCAAGCAAAGAGGCCUCCUGAAUUAACACCCUUUUUUUUUUCCUAGAAAAAGGAAAACUCUUUUUCCUGAAUAAGUUUCAGGUGGACAUUUUUCAUAUAAUUCCAUUGUUUUUCUUUUGUCCAAAAUUAUUUUUAUACUGAAAAAUGAGGGAAAAAUCUUAUACCUCAGUCAAUGAAACCAGAUUUGGCAUAAACAA